AUGAUGAACGACAUGACUCCUGCUGGGCAGGAGGAAACGAGUGGAUUGGGGAACAUACAAGAGCAUCGAGUAGUAGUGAAGAAGACCAGGAACACUCGCUUUCGUGCUCACCUAUCCAUCACUGUCAUACUUCCUGCUUUGACCUAUGCUUCAGAAACCUGGACGCUUCCCAAGGAAGAAGAAAGUGCGGUGAGGGUCAUUGAACGCCGAAUUGAGAGAGUAAUGCUAGAAGUAUCCCGCUUCACGCAAGUGAAAGAAGGAUUUGAAGUUCACUCCUACGUCAAAGGUCAAAGAUCAGAGAUGCUCCUACACAUCCCCAUAAAAGCAAAAUUACGCGUUUUAACAACAAUCGUUGGACCAGAGCCGUAA